CAUGCGUGCAUGAUUUCCACUUUCCACACGGUAUAAUAAAGACAUCUCACCAAAAUGAGAAACCCAUCUCCUUUCUCCUCCUUCUUCUUCCUUCUGCUUCUUUCUCACAAGGUCUGGUGUGAUUCCCGUUGCAAGCCCAUUGUAGCCAGCGAUGUCGACCGAGUCCAGUUCGCCAUGAACUUGGAGUUCUUGGAGGCCGAGUUCUUCUUGUUCGGCUCGCUCGGCCAAGGGCUCGAUAGCAUCGCCCCGUACUUGGCCCAGGGCGGUCCGCCGCCGGUCGGGGGGGCAAAGGCCAACCUCGAACCCAUCGCCCGUCGCAUUACCGAAGAGUUCGGGUAUCAAGAAGUCGGCCAUCUCAGGGCUAUCUACACGAGGGUUGGUGGAAUCCAAAGGCCUCUGUUGAAUUUAAGCGCCCAGAAUUUCGAAACGAUAUUUGAUCUAGCCGUGGGUCACAAACUGCAACCUCCAUUCAAUCCUUACAGAAAUACUGUGAACUUUCUCUUAGCAUCCUAUCUUAUCCCCUACGUGGGCCUCGUAGGUUAUGUGGGAACCAUCCCAUUCCUUGAAAGCUACAAUUCCAAAAGCUUGGUCGCGUCGCUGUUGGGCGUGGAGUCGGGCCAGGACGCGGUGCUGAGGACGCUGCUGUACGAACGCGCGGAGGAGAAGGUCGAGCCUUACGACAUGACCGUGGCCGAAUUCACCAGCCGUCUGUCGAUGCUCAGGAACGAGCUCGCCAUGUGCGGGCUGAAGGACGAGGGCAUCAUGGUGCCCAAGGAGCUCGGGGCCGAGAACCGGACCACGAGCAACGUGUUGUCGGCGGACACGUACUCGCUGUCGUACUCGCGCACCCCGCCGGAGAUACUGAGGAUAGUCUAUGGCAGCGGCAGCGAAUACAAGCCCGGUGGGUUCUACCCGGAUGGAGGAAACGGGCGUAUAGCUCGGAGUUACUUGAAGAAUGAUUAGGGAGGAUAUAAGGAAUGCUAAUAAAGAAUAAUGUAACAUUGUCUUUGCUAUACUCAUUACGUCAGACAAUGGGAAAUAAUUACCUCAUCAUAUUUUACCAA